AUGCAACAUCUUGCCUUCUCCCAGCAAUGGUACGAUUACCGCUUGCGUUGGAACUCUACUGAAUUCGAUGGAGUCACCCAAAUCGACUUUGUCUCAGACGAGCUAUGGAGACCGGAUGUGGGCCUGAUGAAUGGGAAACACAGUCAUUAUUUCGACUUCAGUGCUGAUCAACAUUCCCGAAUCAAUAUUGAUUACGAAGGUCGUAUCACGUGGCUCUAUGGUGCCGUGCUUGACGUGGCCUGUCCACUGGACUUUGCCGAUUUCCCGUUUGACACACAAGUGUGUCACCUGAUCAUCACUCCAUGGCAAAGCUCUAUGCGUCAGCUUAAAUUGCUUCCAAUGCAACAUGGUCCGGCUGUGGAUAAUUAUUUUUUACCAAACUCCAACGUCAGCGAGUGGGAAAUUCAGUCAAUCAAAUUCGAGUUAGAACAUUAUCGGAGCCAGUUUGGUGUCAAUUAUCAAUACAUCAAUAUAUCGAUCCAGUUGCGAAGACAACCGCUCUAUUUUAUCAUAUUAGUCCUAGUCCCGUUCCUGAUGCUAUCCAUUUUGGCAUGUUUGAUAUUCACGCUGGAUGACACCGGGGACAGACUAUCAGUAGCCCUGUCGCUUAUCUUGAGCAUGACAAUGUAUGUGGUAAUCGUAUCAUCCAAUGCACCUCGAUCCAUGCGAACUGUUCCGUUGCUGGGUAUCUUUCUGUUGGACCAGUUGGGACUGUUGUGUAUCGCCACUGUGAUUGCUGUAUUAAGUAACAAGUUGCAUCAAUAUCAAGGAGAAAUCGGAGAUCAAAUGGAAAUGCUAUUCAUGACCCCGCCCGCACCGACCAAGCCACGAGGUUAUGACAAUUCGCAUGCUCUGCGAUCACCUUUGGCAAGUGACUCACUCUUGUCCACCCCACCAGAUGCUCAACCAUGCUCGUCCCAGUCGGGUUCACCAAUACCACAAAUCGGACGGAACUCAUCCUCGUCUGGUCAUGUGCUGUACACAGUACGUAAUAUUCACGCACAACCACAUACCUCAUCGAAUGCAUUCCCUUUACCCGUCGAUUGUAUCGAUCCGUCGGGGGACGAUGUGUCCUGUGCGCAGUCCAUCCGAGGAACUCGGCUGGCCAAUAUAGCACAAUAUUCACCUAUAUUCAUGUCUCGACCGUACAGUCUGCCCAUUCGGUCUUCAUUCAUUGGGAAUCGGUGGACUGGCCAAACACAGCCACAACCCAACAGAGUGAUACAGGCCCAUUUUGCAACUCCGACAGACAAUACGGACCGGCGAUUUUUACGAAAGCUGUACAAUCUCGGUCGCAGGUUGUUUCAUCCGAAAGCGGUUGAACUACGACGUGAUGUAGCCGCGGGGAUAGAUAACAUGGGAAUUAUUAUUUAUUUGUUAGCCACAGUCACAAAUGCUGUGCUCUGUUUGAUCAUCAUGCCCGGACGAGAAAGGUAA